AUGACACUCUAUUGUGAGAAUCAACAACGUUUCAAGGAUACAAACGUUCUUUGUGACGGACAUUCAGUAAACAUUUUGAACCCCACAGCUGUCUGAACACGUUGAAGCUAAUCAAUACCAGACUAUAGAACAACAGGGAAUAAUCCAAAAUUGCGCUCGCAACACUUCAAGAGGCCCUCCACCUGACGAUUCUGAGGUUGGCCACCGGAACGCACCAACAAAAUCCAAGUCUCUUGCUGCAGAUCAACCAGAUUGCAAUAUAGUCAAACGCGCACCUACCAAGAAAAAGAAACCUGCUAUAGCAGAGCAAUCUAAAAUACCUAGCUCGAAAACUGUCCUCAGACCACGACCAGUAGAAACGGAAGAUUUCAAAUCCUCUCCAAAACGAGAACCACAGCCCGAAAACAUGUUUGCGACCCAGAGGGUUGAAGACAGAUCUACGACGGCUAGAGGACGAAAGUACAGCACUGACUAUGACCGGCGGGUACAACCACAAAAGCCGAAUAUACAGGCACGGGAGAAAUACGGGGGUGUUUACCAGAAUGCAAGAUUGAAGGCAAGACAGGGACACAGUGAUCUCAAUUCACAGUCUAUGCUUAUGUCGUCUAUGCCCGGCUAUGAUGAGUGUUAUUCGGCACCUGGAAUAAACCGCAAUACUCAAGAUAUGCAACUUCUGUAUCAACCAUUUCAGCCUCAGUACUUCCCUGCUGUCAGUUAUUCGGAACCGGCAACACUGGCAAGACCCAAUCCUCCAAUGCAGGUUUUCCAGGAACCUACAACAUACCCACAACUAGGCUUUCCAUCCACAGCAUAUUCAACUGCGCCAACGAAUUAUUCUAUGACUGCAAAUUCGACGAUGAGAAGCACACCAGCGAUGUCCAAUACCCUCGUUCCAAAUGUUUGUGCUUACAAAAAAUGUAAAAAUAACCACAAGGCACCAGUCAUACCAGACUUCGCUGGUUGUUGCUCUGCAGAUUGUCACAUGAAGGUGGGAUAA